AGCCGCCUUUGUUCGUUGGCAGUCGCGUUAAGAAUUCGUCUGAUUUUGGAACAUGUCUCUAUUCAAGUGGUUGAUGAGCUUGAUCUUGCUCUGGGUGAAAUUAGAGUGUUCUGAAGCAGCCUUGUCAUCAGAUCCCUUGGUUGUUGAUAUCCCAAAUGGAAAACUGCGUGGAAGGGACAACGGCCACUACUACAGCUACGAAUCGGUUCCCUAUGCUGAACCCCCAAUCGGGGAACUUCGAUUUGAAGCUCCUCAACCGUAUAGUAAACAGUGGGCGGAUGUUUUCAACGUAACGCAGCCACCAGUAGCCUGCCUACAAUGGAACCAGUUCAGUGAAGAAAAGCUCCAGGGGGCGGAGGAUUGCUUGACAGUGAGCGUCUAUAAGCCAAAGAAUACGACUCGGAGCAGCUACCCUGUGGUGGUGCUCCUGCAUGGUGGUGCCUUUAUGUUCGGUGGAGCAGCGUCAAAUGGACACGAGUACAUUAUGCGCGAGGGCAGACUGAUGUUGGUUAAAAUAAGCUAUCGCGUUGGGCCUUUGGGCUUUGCCAGCAGCGGGGAUAAGGAUUUGCCCGGAAACUAUGGACUGAAAGAUCAACGUCUGGCUCUUCGAUGGAUUAAGGAAAACAUAGCCAGUUUCGGAGGAAUGUCGGAUAAUAUUGUGCUCAUUGGUCAUUCUGCAGGCGGAGCUUCCACUCACUUGCAGCUCCUGCAUGAGGACUUUAGCCAGUUGGCCAGGGCAGCCAUAUCGGUGAGCGGAAAUGCACUAGACCCUUGGGUUGUCCAGCAGGGAGGACGAAGACGAGCCUUUGAACUGGGACGCAUUGUUGGAUGUGGCCAACCAACCGACUCUGUGGAACUAAAGAAAUGUUUAAAGUCCAAACCGGCCAGGGAAAUAGUUUCCGCCGUUCGUAGCUUUCUCGUGUUUUCAUACGUGCCCUUUACGCCUUUCGGACCUGUUGUGGAGCCAGCAGAUGCUCCAGAUGCCUUUCUCACCCAAGAUCCCAGAGAUGUGAUCAAUAGCGGAAAGUUUUCACAAGUCCCUUGGGUUGUGACUUACACCACUGAAGAUGGUGGCUAUAAUGCGGCUUUACUGUUGGAAGAAAACAAGACGACCGGAGAGACAUGGAUAGAAACACUAAACAAUCGCUGGUUCGACUGGGCUCCCUACUUACUAUUCUACCGAGACUCAAAGAAGACUAUUAAGGAUAUGGACGUGUUCUCUAGGGAUCUGAGGCAGAAGUAUCUGGGAGAUCGGCGAUUUAGUGUGGAGAGCUAUUGGGACUUGCAGCGGAUGUUCACCGACAUUCUUUUCAAGAAUAGCGUGCCAGAAGCAAUAGAUCUUCACCGGAAACGUGGUCAGAGUCCCGUCUAUUCGUUUGUCUACGACAAUCCAGCUGUUUCUGGAGUGGGUCAGGUGCUUUCCAAUCGCACUGAUGUAUUUUUUGGUACUGUCCACGGGGAUGAUUUCUUCUUGAUUUUUAACGUUGGUGCACUAAGGAAAGCAAUUCGUCUUGAUGAAGAAAUCAUUUCAAGAAAGUUCAUAAAGAUGAUAGAGGAUUUUGCACUUAGCGAAAAGGGUAUUUUAACGUUUGGAGAAUGUAAUUUCCAAAAUAAUGUGAACAGCAGCGAAUAUCAAGUGCUCCGAAUAACAGGAAACGGUUGUAUGAAUGAGCACUAUGAUCAGUUUCUCUGAGAAAUUUAAAUAUAAGUUGAGUAAAAUGUAUGU